CAACGACUGUGCCGCGACCAUCGAUGGAAGUGAGGUGUCUGUGUGGGGCCUCCCUCACAGAGCGCGAUGCAGCCUUUGCCGUAAGCAGUGACAGCCGCGUGCGCGUGUACACGUCCAAUGGACUAGUUCUCUUGCACGAGUUCUCGUCGAUCCACGAGCGAGUACUCCAGAUGCAUCACACGACUUUCUGCGACGCAAUAGUGACACUCGAGACCAAGGUCGGCGACGAUGACAUGGGGGAUUGCUACUUGUGUGUGUACCACGAUUGGCGGGAUACGUCGUCGCGGACCCCUUAUGGUGCUUCAUCACCGCCACUUGCGACAGCGCAAACGCGAUCGAGCUUUGUCCGUGCAUAUACCUUGCCGUUGGCCAUAUCCGAUCCGGACGCGAUAUGCAUGUCCGUAUGCAGCUACUCCGGUCGCGUUGCGGUGGGUACGCCGGAUGGAUUUGGCGUUAACAUUUGGCAGACCAGCGAUGGCUUCUUCGAGCACGUGAUGGAGGUCAAAGUGAACGACCCUGGUCUCGCCUUUGUCGCCGUGCAUGGCGCCCAUCUGGCCGUCGCGACCGCGACAGAAGUUCGCGUCAUGGAGAUCCAGGUCAUCACGGACGACACUUUGCCAUCGUCGACUUUAUCUUCCUCGUCGAAGUGCGUGCAGUCGUCAGAAGGAUUGCCCAAGCUCUCGACGUCGUUGCCGCACGAACGGAAGAAGGAGCUCAUCUACAACACAUUGGAAAAAGACCGCAUUCCGCUGAUCCAAAUCCCUGGGCUCAGCGGUGGCUCUUUGAAUGCUGCGUCCAACCAAGGCAUGUGCGGCAGCCACAUCCGCAUCGUAGGCAAGGACGACGCCCAACUUGAAGCGUUCAAUUUGGCGGGUCUCGUCCAAGCGACGGACGUUCGCGUGAAUGCCGCUUUGGCGUACCUGCGCUGCCAUGUCCACGUCCUCCUUCAGCGCUUCGUGCCGCCCAACCAUUCGAUUUCAGGGCUGCACUUCGUCCCUGAAACAAUAGACCACCGUGCGCAGUCCCGCAGCUACACUCGUCUGCUCGUCACGACCCACGCGUCGGACGCGAUUCUGUAUUACUUUCUCGCGGACCACAUUGACUCGACUCGCGACGCGAUGACGAGAAAGAUUCUGCAGCGGGACGCCAACCCGGUGCGCGGUGUCGUCGAGCCGAUCGAAAUCACGGAUCGCCCGGCGGCAUUUGCGUCGACGCGAUCCGAUUCCAGACGCAACAGUGUCGUGGAAUCGAAGCGAGUGGUCAUGUACUACAAGCUCCACGCGCCGGCGACGUCGGUCACUGCCAACAGUUCGUUCCUGUUUGCUGCGACUGCGGCUGGCGUUGAAGUCUGGUCGCUGUGGAGUCCUUGCCAUCACGUUGCUGCCAAGAAAGCGCUCGACGCAACAUUCGUUCCCGAGCCCACGCAGCCCCAAUUCUUGGGGGUGCACCCGCUGUCCGCGCCAGCGGCAAACAUCGUGGCAUUGGACGGCUAUGUCGUCGUCCUGACUCGCGACGCAGCGAGCCGUCAAUUGAUGCACAGUGCGUGUGUUGCCCAGUCCAAGUCUCACGAGGAACCGUUCGAGUUGAGGGAGGUGUCACGGCCACCAACGACUCCGUCAGGGGGCACCGUGCUAGUGUAUCGUCAGAGUCCACCGUCCCGGAUGUUUCAGCAGCUCAAAGCCAACACAAGUGGCGACAAGGUUGCCACGUCCGCGCAACUGGACCUCCUCUUGAGUUUGUUUUCGCUGUAUCGAUUCCGAGCAGACGUGGGGCUGGAUGCCCUUCAAAGCGCGACGCUGGCAUCCCCGAUGCGCCAUCUUUCCCCCAAAGACAACGUGGCGAUUCAACUCGAAGUCAAGCUGUACGACUCGCUCGCGCGGAAUUGUGCGGCCCACAUCGCCCAUUUGUACACAACCCCUGCAUUCCGUGACUUGAAUCGCGCCGCGUUGUUGUAUGUCGCGUCCAAUAUUAGCGCGCGGGAUGUGCUGUUGCGGUUUCGGUCGCUAGACGAUCCAAAACAUGGGAUCCAGCCCGACGUGAUCGAUGCCACGGCCGUAUACUUGGAAGGUUUUUUGUUUCCAACCAAAGACCCUGCCAUGUACCUGUCGCCCCCCGUCGCCGCGUCCAUCGGGUCCGCCCAAGGAAACAUCGACUACGAAUUCACGGGGGUGGUGCUCCGCCACUAUGGGGACCACGCGCCCGAGCAGCUCUCUCGUCUCGCCAUCGAUUCGUCCCUUCCAUGGACGCUGCUCGACAUCGAUUAUUGUUUAGCCAAGCUCCAGUUUGCGGCGAGCGUGCUAAUCCGAACGGGCGUGCUGGUAUUGCUCGUGCGGGCCCACAACAUGCCAGACCAAUUGUCAACGUUCUUGACCGCCAAGGAAGCAGUCGCGGCAACGUCGCCGACGGCCACGAGCGCCCAAGAUUAUAGCUUUGCUUCCAUCGCAACAAGGAUUGAAUGGCUUGCAGAAAACUACCCCGAUCCACUUAUUCAUUUGUGUGUCACUCACCCGGAGUUUCUCGUCGUCCAACAAGCCGACAACAGCACCGACAAGACGCCGUCGAGCUCGGUGAGCCAUGCCCCCCGGUUGCAGCGAUCGGUGCUUGCCACGGGACUCCUGGAAAAAGCACCCGUCAAGUGCUUGAACGCUCUUGAACUCAUCUUUCACAGUGCCCUUGGCCAUCAAAAUAGCGUUGGUGCCACCGUUGCGUUUUGUUUGGGCGUCCUGGGCGACUACGGCGCCGCGGUCGGACAACGCGUGCAAGCUCAGCGUUUCCUUGACACGAACGACGUGGUGUCCAGUGGGUUGUUUGACACAACGGAAGUGUACGUGCUUUGCGCCGUGCACUUUAUCGUGCUGCACUUGCUGAAACAUGCCACUCCCGACGGCACAACGCUACUGCCGUAUUUGAGCCUCGAGUUUGUCCACUUGUGUGUCCGAUUGAGCUUGUCGCCGUCCAUAAACUGCAAAGCAAUGCUGUCCCAUGCCCUCGCGUCCAAGUCGACGCUUGUACCCAAGAAGCUCACGUCGUUGCCGCCGUUCGUAGUACCGUUUUUGACCGCCAUGCUGGGCUCGCCCAAAGCCUCCCACGUCAACCAAACGCUCCAUCAGCUGUACUUGCUGGCGUCCCAUAUCGUAGCCACGUCGAGCAACGCGGAAGCGACCGUUGUUGCCAUCUCUUCCAACGGCGAUGCCGAGGAAAACCACACGCUGGGCACUCUCUUGAAGUUGUUAUUACUACCUCGUCGUGACAAAUUUCACGACGGCCUGAUCAUCUUGAAAGCGUCUCCAACGUAUCACGCGUACCUGCUGUCGUAUGCGAUCGCCAACAGCACGUCCCUCACCGACUGGAAAGCCUUUUUGAACGUUGUGCUUACCAUCCACACUGCAGAGCCAAAACGGAGCGACGUACGGCUCACUCGCCUUUCGAUUUCAUGCCAGUUUUGCUCACCCGUGUUGCUGCCAUGCGGUGUAGGGGGGCCAUUUGCAAGCGGCGCUGGAUCACAUGGCGGCAACGUUGUCGCCGCAGGACUUGCUCGCAAUUCUGCCCGACGACGCGGACGCGGGGCUCUUCCUCGACGCGCUGGCCCGCGCUGUGCGGCUGCACGACAGCGAUCCCAUCGCUGACUGAUCGACACAAAGACCUGUAUAAGUCCAUGCGGCCACAGGACGGACUGUGUGGAAGUUGCUUCACGACGGGUGCUUCGAUAGAUAGAGUGUAUGGAAUUACUUUACUUGGUCGACUCUUCCACCAAAGUCGCGACACAAAAGACCAUGUACAGGGCCAUGAGGAAGAGGCCGAACCACUUGGUGAGGUGCGCAGUAGGGACUUGCCACCCAACGGCGAGGAGGGACACCAGGCACACGACGAGGAUGCAGAACCCACUACGCAACGUGCUCUUCUCCGCGACGGACCACAGCGGCACCGUCGAUUCCUUCGAGUGGAAGCAACCGAGCAGCAAACUGAGUCCACCGCCGACGAGUGUGUUGAAUAUCGGACCCGCGAUGCACGCCGCGGUUGCCAUUUGGAAUUGACCUUGUCGCGCCAGCGUCGCGUUCCCGAUAAAAUCGCCCAUCGAAUUGCCCCAUGCCAGGACCAAAAUGCCGAGCGUGCCGCCCGAGAUACUCAAGGUCACACCCAAGACGUGCAGAAUUGCGACGAUCUCAUGGCCGACAAGGAAGAUCCACAUCGAUGAAGUCAUCAGGGCGACGGCGGACAGGGCGAAAUGUAUUCUGGACGACCUUCGUGUCUCGGCCGACAGAAAGAGCGCCGCCACUGCCACAACCAACCCCACGGUCGCUGCCACCACGACAAGUUCGUGGGAUAUCGGAAGGAUGCGUGAUGCCACGUACAUGACAAAGAGUGGAGUGCAAAACGACCAGCACAUCAAGUCCACUCGGCGAAGCGAUGUGGGGUGGCCAUCCGUCGUUGCCGGGUUCAACAUGGGCACCGUGACAUGGCGAACCCACGACACGGGCAACAGCACGACGGCCACGCACUUGCCCAUCAACGGCAUCGCAGACUCGCAGGCGUCAAUUCGUUGAAUGUGGAUGCAGCGUCGUCGCGGAGGAGCUUCGUUCGUCCCCUCGACGUCGCCUUGAGAUGCUGCUGAGAUGGCCAACGACGGCGCGGUUGACGUUGUGGAACAUGGUGAGUCGAGUGGUACUUCGACAUACGUCGGUGGACAUGGCUUGCCAUGGCCAGGUUGCGUCGAACUCACUGGCUCACCGUGCUCCAACAUAGCUGCCUCGUUGUCAGACGCUUGGAAAGAAGGCGUGCGUAGUUUGGCUUCACUGGUCGUCUUUUCAGGGGAACCCCCAUCGAUGGCAGUCCUUUCGAUAGCGUGCUCCAUGCGUACGACAGAAACAGAGUACAACACGUACAGCACCAAUGCCAUUAGAGACGCUUGGACCGUGGCGUAGCCGAUGCGGUACACGACCACAAGGCCCGCCAGCGCUGCCAGAUAAAACACGACGUCUCUCAUGAACGGUCGCUUGUUGAUGGGCACACCGUUGGAGAGGUAGACGAGGUACCCGAGGGUAAAGCACGAUACAACGAGACCGCUGCCGAGGAGCCCACCAACGCCAAAACCAGCGUGCUUACUACGUCCUGAAAACGACGCAAUGGCGGAAAUGAGGUCAGGCAUGCCGUUCGCAAACGCUAGCAACGUUGCGCCGGCGACGCUUGGGUCCAUCUUCGAGGCCGACGCAAUGUACGUGACGGCAGGAACAAGGAAUCGACUUGUCGUGUCUGCGGCGAUGUAGAACAAGAGGCAUAGCACGACGCACAGCAGUGACACAGACGCCUGUGGAUACGAUUCCAUGUUGCAAUAGUGGAAGGCCAGCGCGUCGAGAGUCGAGUCGCGAGUCGCAUUGGCGCACGCACAGCGGUGAUGGACCGGGACUUUGGCAAAUUGAGAUCUAGCACACCCGUCGGGAAAGUUGAAUGCAGCAUGAGCCAUGGUGACGGAGCCCACGACGGCGAGAACGACCAGCGUCCGCGGCUGUUGCAUUACGUUCGCGC